AAGCCUCUUUUUCCUUUCUCCAAUUUUGCAAGGCCGAACGCAGAAGAGUAGGUUUCUGGAAGCCGAGCACAGCUGGAGCAGCAGGGGCCGCAGCUAGAGGCGGGAGCGCCUGCGGGGCGGGCAGAGGCGUGGGUCUGCCCAUAGGAAGGGCGUGGUGUGCGCGCGCCCUGCGCCCCGCGCACAUCUGGGUCGGCCCAUGCUCCGGCCGGCAGCGACUUUUAACAUCUGGGGCCAGGCGGGAGCAGUAGGGGCCUGCGCGCAGUUGGCGGGGCGGAUGCGCCGGGCCAGAGGGUGAGGCCGCGCAGCGGGGCUGGGACAGAGCUGGCGCUUCCAGAUCAGGCCCCGGGGCGACAAGAGAGCCGCCGCGAUGCCAGGCGAAAAUAUCUUCUUGUUUGUGCCUAACCUCAUCGGUUAUGCCCGGAUUGUCUUCGCCAUCAUUUCUUUCUACUUCAUGCCCUGCUGCCCCCUGACGGCCUCCUCCUUCUACCUGCUCAGCGGACUUUUGGACGCUUUCGAUGGACACGCUGCUCGAGCCCUUAAUCAAGGGACCCGGUUUGGGGCCAUGCUGGACAUGCUGACGGACCGCUGCUCCACCAUGUGUCUGCUGGUCAACCUGGCCCUGCUGUACCCUCGCGCCACCCUUCUCUUCCAGCUCAGCAUGAGUUUGGAUGUGGCCAGCCACUGGCUGCACCUCCACAGUUCUGUGGCCCGCGGCAGUGAAAGUCACAAGAUGAUUGACCUGUCUGGAAAUCCAGUGCUCCGCAUCUACUACACCUCCAGACCUGCUCUGUUUACCCUGUGUGCUGGAAAUGAGCUCUUCUACUGCCUCCUCUACCUGUUCAGUUUCUCCGAGGGACCUUUAGUUGGCUCUGUGGGUCUUUUCCGAAUGGGCCUCUGGAUCACUGCCCCGAUCGCCUUGCUCAAGUCCCUCAUCAGUGUCAUCCACCUGAUCACAGCUGCCCGCAACAUGGCUGCCCUGGAUGCGGCAGACCGUGCCAAGAAGAAGUGACCCUGGAACCUCUGGCCCCUGGCUGCCCACCUGCCCUGGGUGUCUCGCUGUGCCACACGCCUCGCCUCUCUCCUAGGAGGUCCCAGGCUCACGUCUUCCUAAUGUGUUGUCCAGCCUGCUGAGAAGGGGGUCAGCCUCUUUGGCAAUGUCAUGUUCUCUGUAAUCCUGAGGACCAAUCCCCACCCCUGUGAUCCCCAAGGCCCUGGACUUCAGAUCAGGAAGGGUGCUUAGAAGGCCCCACCCAUAUGGGCCGUGCUCCUGUGGCACCAAGAGGCCUGUCUGAGUACUGGGCAUUGUCACACCCACUGGCUCAACCCUGGGGUCUGGCUUGGCCUGAGACCUUAGGGACACUUGAGUGCAAGAGAUGGAGUAGGGGCCAGGUUUCCCAAAAGGCAGGGAGUCAGACUUCUGCCCCUGGCCAGAGGAAGUCUGUGGGUACCAUGGCCUGAAGAGAAGGGACCGUCUAGAUCCUUCCCCGUUGCAGUCUCCUCUGCAGAGCCCAGACUGCAUAGCCCAGUCUGUCGUGGCUCUGAAAGCCUCAAUAAUAAAGGCGGGGCUUCACUAUCCUGGACUUGGUUUCCUUUGACAUACUCUUGGACCAGAGCCUGGGUUGAGGGGAGCUUGGGGAAAAAGGAAGAUGCAUCUGGAUGCUUUUCCCCCAGUUUACUGGCUGGCUCCUUCCUGUCGUUCUACAGUGACCUCGGAGAGAGGCCCUCCCUGCCACCCACACUCAUGCCAUGUCUUCUUUGCACACCUGCUUUAUUUUCUUUAUGACACUCGCUGGCCGUCUACAUUUAUUUGUGUACCUCAUAUUUUUUUACCCCCACUAGAAUGUAAACUCCGCAGGUACAGACUUUUCUUGUUUCUUCUCUAUCCCUACAGUGAAGGUUAACUUUAUCCUGGCAUAUCAUAGCUGCUUAAUAAAUAUUCACAAAUAGA